ACGACCAUCGGCCCGAUAAAUCAGAGCCAUCACACAUUAUACGGACGGCCUUGAUCGAGAGACUGGACCUCGCCAGUCCCACCCGAUCCGUACCCAUGUAAGCGCCACUUGACGUUCUAGGGUUAGGGUUUUUCCUUAAAGGGGCAGGGAGCUCGUUCUUUCUCUCUCUUCCUUGGCGUCUGAUUUCUAUCCCUCUUCCAGAAGAGAGAGAGAGAUGGCGGAUUCGAAGGCGGUCACGAUCAGAACCAGGAAAUUUAUGACCAAUCGGCUUCUUUCCAGGAAGCAAUUCGUCAUUGAUGUCCUUCACCCGGGGAGGGCGAAUGUUUCUAAGGCGGAAUUGAAGGAGAAACUGGCUCAGCUGUACGAGGUGAAGGAUCCGGACGCGAUCUUUGUCUUCAAGUUCCGGACGCAUUUCGGAGGAGGCAAAUCCACCGGCUUCGGCCUCAUCUAUGACAACGUCGAGGCUGCCAAGAAGUACGAGCCCAAGUACCGGCUCAUCAGGAAUGGGCUUGCCACAAAGGUUGAAAAGUCAAGGAAGCAGAUGAAGGAAAGGAAGAAUAGGGCAAAAAAGAUCCGUGGAGUGAAGAAGGCAAAGGCUGGGGAUGCUGCCAAGGCUGGAAAGAAGAAAUGAAUCAAGGCAACACGUUUUUCUAUCUUUAUAUAUAUAUUUAAAAUUUUUGGCAUAGGCUGGCUUAUUGGACAUACGGAUUCAUCUUUUUGCUUUAUUUUGUUUCAUAUCGGUAGGAUGACUUUGUAUUUCUGGAUUUGAAUUUACUAGAGAGAUUUUCAGAUAUCCAGUGCUCCUAUAGACAAUAUCGUUAUUGAACAGAACUGCGAAAAGCAUUAUCCUGAUUAGAAAACAAAAGAAAUAAAACAUUAUGUGUAAUAAAUUAGUUUGAUUUUAUCAUGUCGCAAAGUAGCUCAAUUUAAA